AUGCUAGGCAUGGAGGAUGCAAUUUACAGCCAAGUAUCGUACUUGAGAAAUCAGGAGUUGCGCAUUUCGGAAGGAAUGAGAUGGAUCCUGGUGGCCUAUAAUGCAAGUGCAAAUGCUCUCGGUAUCUUCGCCCCCGUCAUCACUUUGAUAUUGUACGCAACUUCCUCAUACAAUGGUGGAUCUAUGCAGGCUAGUGAAGUCUUCUCCUCCCUUGCUCUUCUGGCUAUGGUGACACAUCCAGCGAAUAUGGUUAUGACCCUAGUCCCUCGCGCUGUUGCUGUAAUGGCAAACUUUGGCCGAGUACAGUCUUAUCUUACCAAGCCAUCAAUUAAGGAUAGCCGGCAACAUACAGUUGAACACGAUACACACUGCUUUACUUCGGUAGAUAAUGUGACUAUCAAGCCUGCUUCGAUGCCACUACCUAUCCUCCAGAAUGUCUCGUUUGACAUAGGAAGAGGUGAAUUGCUCCUCUGUGUGGGUGCUGUUGGAAGCGGGAAAACUACGCUGGCAAUGGCCUUGCUCGGAGAGGCCCAUAAGACCACUGGCACUAUUCGCGUGCCAUCCAAGCAAAUCGCAUACUGUGCUCAAGAGCCUUGGCUUCCAAGUGCUACUAUAUGCGAUGUAAUAUCAGGCGAGGCCCAAAACCUAAAUUUGGAGUGGUACAACACGGUAGUUGAUGCAUGUGGAUUGCUUCCUGACCUCAAGAAGCUCCCUGAUGGGGAGAAGACCAUGGUUGAAAAUAACGGUAUCAAUCUAUCAGGAGGUCAGAAGCAGCGUAUUGUGAGUGUCCCUGACUUCGCUUUCAGCCUGGUCGCAUUACUGAGAAAAUAG